UAGUCCGUGGGGUGUAGCGUUUUAAUGAUUAUUUUAUUAAAAAUACAUUAAUUAUUAUUUUACUUUAAUUAACUUAAAUAUAAAACUUUUAAAAUGGAUGACCAAGGAAGGAAAGUUAUCGUUUGUGACAACGGCACUGGUUUCGUAAAGUGCGGAUAUGCCGGCAGUAACUUCCCAGCGUUUAUUUUCCCAUCGAUGGUCGGCAGGCCGAUUAUCAGAGCAGAAAAUAAAAUCGGUGAUAUUGAUGUCAAGGAUUUGAUGGUUGGUGAUGAAGCUUCACAGUUACGAUCGAUGCUUGAAGUCAGCUAUCCUAUGGAGAACGGUGUGGUUCGCAAUUGGGAAGAUAUGUGUCACGUUUGGGACUACACCUUCGGGCCGAGCAAGAUGAACAUUGACCCCAAGGAGACUAAAAUAUUGUUGACGGAGCCGCCAAUGAACCCCACCAAAAAUAGGGAGAAAAUGAUCGAGGUUAUGUUCGAAAAAUAUGGGUUCGACAGUGCAUACAUCGCUAUACAAGCAGUAUUAACGCUCUACGCACAGGGUCUCAUUUCUGGAGUGGUUGUAGAUUCUGGUGACGGAGUAACUCACAUUUGCCCGGUGUACGAGGAGUUCGCUCUGCCCCAUCUCACUAGGAGGUUGGAUAUAGCUGGUAGAGAUAUCACGCGGUAUCUUAUAAAGCUACUGCUCCUCCGCGGUUACGCGUUCAACCACUCAGCGGACUUUGAGACCGUCCGUAUGAUGAAAGAAAAGUUGUGCUACAUCGGUUACAACGUAGAGCAAGAGCAGAGACUCGCUUGGGAGACCACGGUGCUUGUCGAACCUUAUGUGUUACCAGACGGUCGAGUAAUCAAAGUAGGCGGUGAAAGGUUCGAAGCCCCCGAAGCUUUAUUCCAGCCUCACCUCAUUAAUGUGGAGGGACAGGGUAUCGCUGAACUCGUUUUUAACACCAUACAGGCGGCCGACAUCGACAUGCGCAACGAGCUGUACAAGCACAUUGUGCUGUCGGGCGGCUCCACCAUGUACCCGGGCCUGCCGUCGCGCCUCGAGCGCGAGAUCAAGCAGCUCUACCUCGAGCGCGUGCUGCGGAACGACUCCGACAAGCUGGCCAAAUUCAAGAUCCGUAUUGAAGACCCGCCUCGCCGCAAGGACAUGGUGUUCAUCGGCGGCGCCGUGCUGGCCGAGGUCUGCAAGAACCGCGACAACUUCUGGCUCACGAGGCAGGAGUACCAGGAACAGGGUCUGUCCUGCCUUCGGAAACUCGGACCCAGAGCGAGUUAAUACCGCCAGCAGUAUCUUGUAUAUUUAAUCUACUUAAGGUCAUUUCCAAUACUUAUCAUAAUUGUUUUAUACUUAAUGAGAUUUAAUUAUUUAGAAAAAUGAAUUUAAUCGUAAAGUAUUAAGUUUCUUGCUCCCUAAAAGUGAUAAAAAGGCUGAAAACUUGGACGUAAAAGUGUUAAUUGCCGAAAACCAUCAAAAAAAAAAUAAAAAAUAGAUUUCUUUAUGUAAUCAAAUAUCUUUCAUUCAUUUUUGUAUCCGAAGUGCAAAAAAUACAUUGUUAUUUAUUCAAAUUAAUUUUACUAUAGAAAAAAUUAAACAUGUAUUACCUGACACUUAAAGAAAAUAAAGUUCUAAGACUGUAUGUUACUUUGCAUUUAAUGUAUACUUUGUCAAAAAUAUAAUUUAUACAACCAUAUAUCGAGGAAUAUGCAAUUGAGUAAAGACGAUAUGUAAAUUA